AUCGAAACUAAAGCUUUAGCAAUUUUGGUAUACCAAACCUGUGAACCCCGGGGCGUGGCCAGUUCUGACUUCAGGGGCAUAAUUUGAACAAACAUUCACAAGCAAUUGUAUUCAGAUGAGUGCGCAAACGACAGACACUUCUGACCUUAAAAUACCAAGUAUGUCUGACCCCUGGCAACACGAGGAAUCGUUCGCCGUCACGAACGCGCAUAUGCUGAGUGAUGACGUAUUAUGUGAUGUCACUAUCCUGGCGGGGGAGGAAGCACGUGAAGUGAGGUGUCACCGGUUCAUGCUAGUCAGCCGCUCACCGGUUUUCUACACGAUGUUUUGUGGCUCACUUCCGGAAGCCGGCGUGGUGAAAAUACCGGAUGUGGAGGCAGACGUCGUCAGAACCGUCGUCAGGUUUAUGUACACGGGAGAAAUACAGCUAAUGCCUGAUUCCGUAAUGGCCAUGAUGUACGCUGCAAAGAAAUAUGACAUUCAACCAUUGACCAACCGCUGCAACAUAUUUCUUGAAAAAGAAAUUGCAAUCGAUAAUGUCUGCGUCAUUCUUGACCAAGCAUUAAAAUUCGCGGAAGAGGACUUGAUUCAACCGUGCCUGUCCUUUGUAUCAAAAAACAUUGACCAAGUAUUUCAGAGUGAUGGAUUUUUGAGCAUGUCAUCGGAAGCUUUGAAGUUGGUACUUGAGAAAGAAAAAGAUUCAUCAAACAUACCACCAGAAGAAGUGUAUGCAUCUUGUAAGAGAUGGGCGAGGCAAGCGUGCUCUUCGUCAGGGACUGAGGUGACUGACCAAGUCCUAAGGCAUAAACUCGGAGACCUUAUUUGUCUUGUUGAUUUUGCGGGAAUGUCUUAUGAAUCGUUUACUGACAACGUAGUGCAAGAAACGAUUUUAUCUGACAAUGAAAAGGUCAAGUUCCUGACAGAUAUAAGAAAACGACAAAAGAAAAGUUUCGUUGUUGAGAGAUUUUCUGAGGUUCAACAAGGAUGGACUCACAAGGGUUUUCAAGAUGGUAUAAGUUUCAAGACUUCAAAACAUGUUACUCUGUCUGGAGUAGCUUUGUAUCUACCGCACCAAAGUGGAAUUUUGAGUGGCCCAUUGGAAAUCCUGGAAGAGCAGACGGUCGUAUUGACCCAGGACGUUACCCUAUCCUACAAAGAAAACGAAAAGCAUGAGAACAUUCCCCUUGUUAAUAGAGUGAACAUUCACCCGGGAGUGACGUAUUCUGUUCGCCAGAGGCUAAACGGGCAACCAUCAUAUCAAGGUUAUAAUGAUAAAAGUAAGCAGAGUAUUAAUGGUAUAGAAAUAGAAUUCAUGGAAUUGAUUUCUGGUAUGUCAGAUAAUGAAACAUCUUUAAAAAGAGGCCAGAUACAUGGUAUUACGUUAGUAUGUUGAUGUGGCAAUGAGUAUGUCAAAACACAUGACUGAACGCAUCAGAGCAACAUAGUACAGGCAUGAACACAUAAUAUAAACUGUGUUUAGCUACCAUGUAGCAGAAUAUUGUUUAACCUUAAAAUUUUGACUACUGACAUGUACGUUGCAGAUAUCAAAAUGAUCAUACCAGAUUGUAUUUUGCAGUUUAUUUACAAUUCCAGUUCAUCCUUAAACAUAAGUUGAUUAGUAUAUUUAUUUAAAAUUUCACACUACAUUGUAUAAUUGUUAUUGUAAUAUAUUUAAUAUUUAUUGUAUAUGAAACACAAAAAACUGAAUAGUUUACUGUAAUAAAUUAUGUUCUGUUC